AUGUUGGUUUUAAAAGCUUGUACAGUAUGUCUAAGUACUGAUGUUAAAUUGUGUAAUAUGGAUAAUGGGCAGCUACGACAUGAAUACAACAUAGUGUCUGGAUUAAAAACACACAUGGGUAAUGGCCUGCCUGGAUAUCUUUGCGUUGAAUGCUUGGCGUAUGUAAGACGUUUCAAACAGUUUAGAGAUAAAUGCCAAAGAGCUCAUUACGCUUUAAAACAAAUUCUGGAUAAACAGAAACAGAUUACAAAAGCUGCUCUCAAAGUAAUUGAUCGUAAACUUAUUAAUAUUUUGCCCUCACUGUCAUAUGUAGAUAAUAGUAGAACAUAUUAUGAACAAGUUAAAUUCCAGUGGGUAAAGCAUAGUCGCUGUAGUGAUGUUAGAGGUGAAAUACCUAUUGUGCAUCACAAUACAACGGAUAAAAUUGAAAUUGCUGUGCCUAAUAAAAAAACUAAACUUAAUAAUGGCAACAUUUUAUUAAAAAUUGAAGAAAAAGAUACAGAAACAGAUAGAGACUUCAAAUUAGAUUUACCUGAUAUAGAUGGUGAUCACAAGGAAUCUGAAUGCUUUGAUGAGUCAGUCCCUCUUGUUGAUGAAACUGAAAUAUCUAAUGAAACAAACAUAUUUCAAGAGUUUUUCAUCAGCAAUGAUCAUGACUAUGAUAGUUAUGUUUACCCACAAUGCAAAGACGAAAAUGAUGCCUUAAAAAAAGAUGACCAAGACAUUGAUGGUUGUAAUUUAGAUGAAGAGUAUGCCAGCAUAGUUCCAAUAUCUAUGAAGGAAGCAAAAGCUGCAGUGGAAGUGUACAAAAUGUUUAGUCAUGGCAAAUAUUCCUGUGAUGUAUGUACCAAACCUUUCUUCAGUGAAAAUCGUUUGAAAAACCAUAAAAGAAUGCAUGAUAAGUACACUAGUGGCACAUUCCUUUGUGAGUUAUGUAAUUACUAUUAUAAGACUGAUUUCCUGUUGAAAACUCACAUGACUGAGAAACAUAUGUACAAAUAUAUAUGUAGAAAAUGUCCUGAAGUUAGUUUUGAUAGAACAUCAGCAAAGCAGCAUUUUAUUUGGUCACAUUUACAAAAGGGCAACAACAAGGAUGCUAAUUGGUAUGAAUCGCGCCCCAGUUGGUUGAAUAAUAAGGGAGGGAGGAGAAACAAAGGAGUAGUUUCGCUUCGACCUGUUAGAAAAAUUAAGAAGUUACCUGAGGACUUUCUUGUAUAUUCUCCAAUAUCACAUGAAGAGCAGUAUAAAUUAGUUGAAGCACGACAGAGUAGUAUGAAUUACAUAGAAGCUGAAUUCAAAUGUCAGUUUUGUUACAGAGGAUUCAGGGAGACUGCUACAUACAAUAAACAUAUGAGAAAACAUGACCCGGCAAUCGCUGGCAAUUACCAGUGCGAUGUGUGCAAAUUAUAUUUCAAGGAUACAAGAAAAAUGUACAAACACAUGAAUAUAUCGCAUCUCUUCAAAUACUCGUGCCAAUUGUGUAGUUACGUCUGUUAUAAUAAAGGUCAAGCACAUUUACAUUAUAGGUGGCAUAAAAAUGUAACAUACCAGUGUCAAUACUGCAAGAAAGAAUUCAAGAAAGCUUCCACGCGGUUGACACACAUUAGGAUAAAACAUCCAUCGACCAAUAUUUGUAAUCUAUGUGGACACAGUUUCGUCAGCGAAACAGGUCUCUAUUGUCACCAGAGAAUUGCACACAGUAAAGAGGAGCUAGAAGGCGGUGAAGAGACAGAAUUUAAUGUGGACGAUCCACUUUACUGCGCCGAUUGUAACAUUAAGUUUAAGAACCAAGAGGCUUUCACGACGCAUUUCGGUAGCUCCAAGAAGCACUCCAGCAUAAAUCUCUCCAUCACUGGCAAUAGCCAAGUGAAGAAGCGAGAAGGUAGAAAGCGUAAGGUAUCCCGACGCGACACGUCGGUGAUAUUAAACAAUGGCAUGCCAACUUCAACGCAGUGCGAAGUGUGCAAGAAGUACCUGUUGAACGACGUGCAAGCACGCAAGCACUACGUGGCCGAGCACCCCGGCGUCGAGUUCCUCAAGCGGUACAUGUGCGAUGUGUGCGGACACACUACUAAGCAAUACGCAAACCUAAUGGUGCACAUGCGGACUCACACGCACGAGAAGCCGUACGGAUGUCCGCACUGUGAUCGACGCUUCAGCAUGCCCAGCAACCGGGAUCGACAUCUCGUUGUUCACACGGGCGAGAAGCGUUACCAAUGUCAGCUGUGCAAUCGUCGCUUCACACAGAGCAGUGCAGUCAAACUGCACAUACAGACUGUGCACCUCAAGAUUCCCUACGCACCCUGGGAUAAGAAGAACAGAAAACGUCGCCGCGAGAUGGAGGCUGCAAGCCUGCCAGUGAUACAGCCGCCCGUGGAGCCAAAAGUUAUCGUCGACACCAACACAGAUUAUCUCAAUGCUUACAUUUCUUACAACGAGUGA